AGCGCACGAGACCAAGUUGGUCACAUCCAAAUCCCUCCUACACCUCCUAAUACCUCUCUUAUCCUCCCGACUAACCCUCCUCACGUCUCUAUCACCUCGCACCGCUAGGGCAAACGAUUCGAGUACGUGGAACGUUAUUCCUGGUCUCCUGAAAACACUCUCUAAACUACACGUAGGAGCUUUUAACGUCCGAACACUUUGCCAAAUAGGACAGCAGGCUUCCUUAGCUAAGACUUUAGAAUCCCGCGCCAUCGAUGUGUGCUGCGUCUCCGAAACGCGCAUACAGGAUCCGAGUAGCGUCAUUCACUUGAACUCACCAUGCCAAAAUAAAGAACCGACUCGAUUCACACUUCGUGUAUCUGAAGGCCCUGAUUCUGCUUCCCAUGGCCUCUCCGGCGUAGGUAUGGCAUUGAGUCCUAGGGCAGAAUUAGCUCUCUUAGAGUGAAUCGCAGUAGACAGUCGUUUGUGCGCUGUCCGACUAAACGGAACAGUAAGGAUCCGAAAAGAUAGAGACACUCGUCGUUGCCUCUUCGUCGUCUUUGCCUAUUCUCCCACUGACUGCAGCACAGAUGAUGUAAAAGAUGAGUUUUACAGAAAGCUCUCCGACCUUCAAAAAGCUAGGCGCUCGGGUGUAGUAAUAAUGGCCGGUGACCUUAAUGCUCAAGUAGGUAAACUAAGCGAUAGAGAAAGACAUCUAGGUGGAUCUUAUAGCAUUGUGACUCAAAGAACAGAUAAUGGCGACCGUCUGUUGCAGCUAUGUUCAGAUAACCGCCUGUUCCUUGCAAAUACUAACUUUAAGCAUAAGGAAAAACAUCUUUUAACAUGGAGACCCCCUAAUUCGUUCCAACGUUGGACCCAAAUAGAUCACAUCGCUAUCAGCCACCGAUGGAGGGGCUCGAUAGAAGACUGUCGCUCAUUCUGGAGCACAUGCCUAGAUUCAGAUCAUGCUCUAGUACGAGCGCGUAUCUGUCUGCGUCUUACCGGACGUAGGAAAGACGCUGCAAGGAAGCCUCUUAGGGCCCUACUUAAUGAUAGUCAAGCUAAGAGUAUAUUUCAGGAACAACUAGGAAAACAGUUAGGCAGCCAUGUAUGUGAUGGCCACCCCGACGCAGCGUGGAACGAUAUCCGGAAAACUGUGGAAACAGCAGUGAUAUCUGCUAGUACGGUAACCCGUAAGGUUAGGGAGAAACACUGGAUCUGAGCAGCAUUUAUCUCACUGAUAGAUGCUCGGAAACUCAUUCCACCUGGCUCUGAAAAUAAUGAAGAGCGGAGUCAGCUUAAGCGCAAGCUGACAAGAAGUCUACGCAAUGAUCGUGAACGGUGGUGGGUAGCGAAAGCAAGAGAGAUGGAAAUGGUAGCGGCAAUAGGUAAUAGCAGACAAUUGUUCAGACUUGUUAAGGAAACCGAUUGUUAGCGAAACACUCUCAGAGGACGAUGGACAUAUUAUACAUUCUCAAUCCAGGAGAUUGGAUCGAUGGGCAGAACACUUUAGGGAUCAGUUCAACUGGCCUUCAGCCACAUUUCUGUUUCCCGCGAUCUCCAGUCGACCUGAAUGGAUUCUAGUUUAUCUGAAGCACCCGGUGGGUCUUCCAGUGAUACUCAAGCAAAUGUAGUGUUUUCGAAUUCCGCAUCAGCACUGCUUUCCAAAUUUGAGACCUUACUGUCCAAUGGAAACAACCAAGGUUGUCAGAAAGAUGGUGAUCAGGUUUCUUGUAAUAUUAAUUGUUCACGCAACUUUAAACCAAAGCAAGAACCAGCGGAAACUACCCAAGAAAACGAUAAACUAUCAACCCUUAACACUAAGCAAUUGUUGAAACCUCUAGAUUGUGAAGAGUCGACAGAUUUAUCGAACCACUCUGAUAUUCAUCUGUCUGAACUACAGAAAUUGAUUGAAGAAUCAGAAAGAUUUGAUGAGAUGGUUAAACGACUUGUAUUAAUAACAAGGAGAGCAAAUCUUGGUGAAUCUACAAAGUUGCUGGUAGAUAUUUCGAAACGAUUCUCUGAGCUUCAGAUCAGUUUUAAUUCACUGAAAGAAAGUUAUGAUUCGCUUCAUAGUGAACCUCAACUCCCUCCUGAAUUGCGUAAAGUUCAGCUUUCAAGUUUUCGUGAAUUUCUCAACAGUCUUAGCCGUAAUUUUGAUUCAACCAAAGAAUGCUUUUACACAAUUCAUCAUCUUGUCAAAGCUACUAUUGAACAACAACUGGCGAAUGGAACACUGCAGGAUGUAGAUCAUAGUGAUGAAGAAAAUAAUUCAACUUUGCCUGUCAAUCCAACUGGUUCUGUUACUGUAAAAGACAGUAAUAUAGAACUAAAUACAAGCAAACAAAUUAAUGAUGAACACGUUGAAGAUGGUGACCCUGAAUUUCUAACUCAAAAGGCUUAUUUAAUAGCAUUACAACAGCGUACAGCUCAAGAAAAAGAAGAAAUUGCAAAAUUACUACAACAACGAGAUGAACUAGCUGGACGUUUGGCAUCACUUAAAGCAGCUGCUAGUAGAGCAUCAUUUGAUACUCGUGUUACUUCUGGCGACUCAGUCGAAUCAACUCAAACUGAUGAGUUGGAAAAUGGAGAUGAACGUAAUAGUGGGUCGGUCAGUGUAUCACCUGACAUACUUUCUAGUCUGGAAGCUAAAAAACGUGAGUUAAAUGAAUUAAAGACUCAACUUGAACUCCUUCGCAAGGCUGAAGCUAAAAUCGCUAAAUUUACACCAGCUCUACGAGGUCCAAGAGAUAUACAUAAUUCAAACAUUGCUGCUCUACCACAAGAGACGUUAGACAAUAAGCUAGUCACUUCUGCUUCGCAGUCCAUUCUUCCAGAAGUCAGUUCACCUCGGACAAGAUUUGCAAUUUAUAAAGAUGACUCUGAUGAUCUAGUAAAUACAAAACCCGCUGGAAAUGUAUCAUUAUCUUCGGAUUUAUCAACCAAAGCUGAUUCUGUGACUUUUCAGCAACCAGAGGUGACCUGUAUUGAUAACACCGAACGUUUGUAUGUUAAUAUGCGUGAGGCACGAAUACAAAUAGAAGAACAACGGAAUCGAUAUGAUCGGAGUACUUCAAAUGGAAUCAAUAAUACCAAUUCUACCGCUCAAAAACCAUUGCAGCAUGUCAGUUGUAGCGGUGCUUCUGUCGCAACUAGUCAAGAUAGAACAACUCUAGCAACUUGGGGUGGAUCUUCACCUGUCCCUUCUUGUUCAUCUGAAGCUUCUGAAGCAAGUGACGAAGGAGAUGGAGUUAGUGUUUCUGACUCCCUACCUUUAAGUACAUGUCUUUCAGUGUCUGCAGUUAAUAAUGCUUCUAAUGUUAUUCGAUCUGUUCCCAAUGGGCAUUUGAAAAGUGUACCCAGCUCUGUUGCAACCAGUUCCUUGGAUAUGCCUGGUGAACCAUGUUCAGUUAUUAAGAGAGCAUCAAGAAAAUGUGAAGAUAUUCACGGAAAUAAUUUAGAUAAUGUUUAUGUUUCUUCUACUGAUGAUGUUCCAUAUAAAUUAUCACUUCCGCAGGUUGGUCGAAGUCCAUCUCCUCCAACUCGUCACAAAAACAAAUCAGGGGAUACUCAAAUAAAGGAUGGUUUAAAUAAAUUGAUUGAUCAACGUUUACACUCACAACAAAAUUCAUUAGGUGAACACACUAAUGCUUCUGCUAACCAGAAUACUGGAGUUUUGGGUCAUAUAGUUGUUGCAUCAAAUUGUAAUGACUUUGAUGAUGGUCGAAUGUCAGAUCUGUCUGGUGCCAUAGCCAAUGAACGGAUUCAACGCUUAGAGUCAAAUGUAGCCCAGCUCUAUCAAGUAUGUCGUUGUUUGAUGCUCGAAAACUCUCAUUUGAAUUCUACAGUCACUCAGUUAAUGUUACACAACUCAUCUCAUCAGCCUAUUUCAUCCAUCACAUCUUUGGAGCCGUCCAUUUCAGCUGUUGGAUCUAUUGCAUUUCAUCAGUGUCAAUGUAGUUCGUCUAUUCCAAGUUAUAACCAAAUACUAUUAACUGACUCUGGAGCAUCUUACCAAGCAAUGCUUUAUAGACAAGAACAUCCAUCAAAGAGUUUACCUUGUUCCUUGAAUGUAUGUCCACGAAGUUCUUUUGCGUACGCUCCUAAUAGUUUAAGAGAUACUGACCAGCCGCUUACACAGAGUGGUGUCCAUGAGGUUCCCCAGAUCCAGCUGCUUAUUAAUCAAAUUAUGCAACAACAAUCUAAUCUUACUCAAUUGCAAUUGGAGCUUCAUCGUUUGACGCGAUCACAGUCACAAAUUAAGCCGUCAUUUCUUCCUACUGAUGGUAAUUUCCAUGGACCUUUAUUGUCUCAUCCGGAGAAUACUGGGUUAAAUUUUCCGGCUGUUACUGCUCAUUUACUACAGGGGACCGCAGGAUUUCCUCCGUCUGUCGAGUCGAUCAGCCGUCAGGUUAAUUUUACGGGAACCAAUAAUUCUCCUCAAGUGCUUGGAAAUUCUCUUGUCUCACCCCAAACUUUGUCGGCUAACUGGUCUUUGAAUACUGUUCCUAAUGUUCACCAGUGUUCCAGAGAUGCUACAUUUUCAAAUAUAGGUCAAAGACCAUCUGUACAAACUGCAUCUAUUCCGAGCUCUGUUUUACUAACUGAUCCCAGUGUGAAUCUUACAUCGCCUCAUGGUUCUUCUAUCGGUCAAAACAACAUUGGUUUCAAUAGACAUAUCUAACGAUGAAUCAGAAAAUAUCUCACAUUGUAACGUUUGAUCUCACUUGAUAAUCAAUUUUAACAAUUAAUUUUAUUGUUGCAUUUAGUUUUACCAUUUUCGACUUUUUCGUUUACUUUAUUUUUCUUGAGAAUGUAGUACGUUUCUUUUUAAUAUUGAACAAUGUGUUUAGAUCAGUUGUGUUUCCUUCUAAUCCCUUAUUCUAUAUCCAACACUGACGGCUAUUUCACUCAACCAAAUAAAUCUCCCUUUAGUGCUCAUCAAAAAACUCUGUUUAUGAAAUAAGGUCUAUCUUAUUGUAGUUUUAAUUUAUUAACAUCAUUUUGUUUUCAUAUUCCCAACCAAAAAAGGACAAACAAAUAAAUUAGUUGGAAUUUAGUUCCUAUGCAUUAUUAUUACAGAUCAUCUGAUAUAUUGUUUCUUAUCUUCAAUCUUGUCAACACUCAAUGCAUUAAAAUAAAGAUGAAAUGUAACUUUUUGUUCAGCCAUCUUGUUUGUUUUUAAUAUUCUAUAUCAAUAAAUUGUUUUAAGUAGUCAAAGCUCACUUUAAUUCGACCUAUCUGUAUAAAGAAAAACUUGGAUACUAAAUGUUAAGUCACAGGCUUGAACCUCACUCUUUGUAAGUUAGUUUGAGCAGGUGGUCAUUAUCUGAAACCUUAUAUCAUAAGUUUACUGUAUUAUCAAGUACUUCAUACCUUACUUGAUCAUUGUAAAGCAUUAUCAGAUAAGUUAUUGUUUUGUGUGAAUAUAUUCCAAAUUGUAUAUUUAAUCUAUAUAAUUCUAACUUGUAUUUGGUGGUCCAGAACCAAUCUAGUCAAAACACCGAAUGUUUUGCAUAUUUACGUAAUAUUGUGGAUAAAUUAACUAUAAGAAAGCAUGAUUAAAUGCAGAUGUGUCUUAUGCUGUAACAUGUUUGUCCGGGAUGUCACAUAUCUUGUCGCAACAUAAAUAAAUUAAACUGAAGGAGAUGAAAGGAGAAAGAAAUAAUAAUGAUAAUAUAUGUAGAUUAAAAUAAAGAGAAUUUUUGCGC